AUGGGAAAGCUCAACAUCGCACAUCACAAAUCGUACCACCCUUACCGCAGGGAUAACAUCGAGAGGGUCCGCCGAGAUGAAGAGGAGGCGCGAUUGCAGGAGGCUGUCCAGGAAGGCAAGAUGAUGCUAGCGGACUCGGAAGCACGCAUAGAUCUGCUGCGGCAGCGUGCUGGAGUGAAGGCAUCCAAGAACAGACAAGACGAUGAUGAGCUUGAUUCCCAAGCCAAAGCGGGACCAUCUUCAAUCACGACCGGCGGCCAUAUCAAUCUUUUCGAGGACCUGGAACGAGUUGAGUCUGCUUCUCUUCUGUCUCAAUUGGUCCCGGUGAGGUCCACAAAAAAAGAACCGCCCGAGACAGAGAAGGGAAUCCCGCUCGCACCGCCCGAGAAAGACCUCAAACCAUGGUAUUACGAACGGAACCACGGCAAAGAGCACGAGGUAGACGAGGAUCGAAAGAUCCGCGACCUCGCGCGGAAGUCGGUUAAUGACCCUCUCACCUCCAUCAAUUACCAGCUGUCUUCUCGCUCCGCAAGCACAUCGACGACGUCGCACGCCCGUCGGCCACCGUCUUCGACGUCUGCCGCCAAUCAGAAGCCGCCAGAGGUCGCGCGACUGAAUCGUGAGUCUUCGGAGCGCCAGCGGGCGUUAGAGCUGAUCCGGCGGAAGAAAAGGGAGAUGGAGGGAAGCGAGACGCCGAGCACUGUGCACGGGGGAAGGGAUGAAGGGUACGGCGAUGUCUUUAAUCGAAGAGAAGUGGAGGAAGCUCGGCGUAUUCGUGAACGGAGGUGGGACGGCCAUUAUUUCCAGGAUACGAGGGGCGCGCGAGCGAGAUGGUGA